UGAACUUAGCUAGGUAGCUAAGCUAUAACUCUAAUGGAGAGGGAGCAAGAGCUGGACCUUGAGCUCACCCUCCUCCCCUCCGCGUGGGCUACGCAGGAGGAGGAGGAGGCGCCCGGCGGCUUCUUCCUCUGCACGUACUGCGGCCGCAAGUUCUGCACCUCCCAGGCGCUCGGCGGCCACCAGAACGCGCACAAGUACGAGCGCGCCCUAGCCAAGCGCCGCCGGGAGAUCGCCGCCGCCUUGCGUAAGCACCACCGUGUUUUCGCGACGCGCCCUGGCCAGGUCGACGCCGGGGCCAGUCCUAGGCCUUCUGGAGUCGUCCAAGUGAUCACUGGAUCUGAGCCUGAUGCUGCUGAGACUGAGAGGAUGAGGCCAGUGGACCAGCUAGAUUUAUCCCUCAGGCUAUGAAUCUGGCGGGGCCUGCUGCACCUCGUUGAGCGCCCAGAGGUAUCGCUCAGGCUGCUAUAUAUGAUCAUUGGCUUCUCCCGAUCCAUGUGUACCUCCUCGAUCUCCUUGGCUGCGCUUUGCCUAUUUGCUAUAUACUUAUAGAUAAUGGGAUUGCUGUUUUCCCCCAGCACCUUUAAAUUUGUCAGUGUGCUACUUGCACGUAAUUGGUUUUAAUUUGUCCGUGAGAAAUUGUUUUUUUUUUCUUUUGGAUUUUAUGUCAAGGAGUACAAUAAUUUAUGAAUUUAUUUACCCAGUUCGCUUCA